GAGAAUGAACAGACGCUUAAAAAGGCAUGGUUAUGUUUGACUCUUACAAAUAAAGGGCACAUAUUCUUGUGGCUUAGUUUCAGUGUCUUCUGUCAUGUCUCUCUACACUAUGAAAGUACACCAUGGCUUGUUCAGGAGUACUAGUAUAACCAGUCCUAACUGAAUUAUCUACUCCCCCUAUAUCUCCACAGACAGGGAUGAAAGCCUGGCAGAUUUAGGGGAGUUGCGUGGGAGGACUUCCAAUACCAUUUCCCUGGCACUACAGAUGUCUGCCUGUGGAGAAGCAGGAUGGGCUGUACAAGAUUCAAGACCUAAAAAAAUGGCAUUAGUAGCAGCUGACUCACAACAGAAUGUGGUAGCCAGGGUUGUCAACCUUCCCUUGGUGAGUUCCACCUAUGACAUGGUGUCCUCGGCUUAUGUCAACACAAAAGAUAACCAUCCCUAUCUGAAAUCAGUAUGUGAGAUAGCAGAGAAAGGAGUGAAGACCAUCACUGCAGUGGCCAUGACAAGUGCUAUGCCUAUCAUCCAGAAGCUGGAGCCACAAAUUGCAGUUGCCAACAGCUAUGCAUGCAUAGGACUGGACAAAAUUGAAGAGAGGCUGCCUAUACUAUAUCAACCAACUGACAAGGUGGUCGCCAAUGCCAAGGAUGUAGUUGUUGGUGCAAAAGAUGCUGUAACAAUCACUGUGACUGGUGCCAAGGAUACUGUUGCCCAUACAAUUACUGGAGUCAUGGACAAGACUAAAGAAGCUGUGCAUGACAGUGUGGAAAUGACUAAGUCAGUUGUCAAUGGCAGCAUUAACACUGUCCUGGGAAGCCGUGUGGUGCAGAUGGUGAGCAGUGGGGUGGAUAGCGCACUCAGCAGGUCGGAGACUCUUGUAGACCAUUAUCUUCCACUUACUGAAGAGGAGCUAGCAAAAGAAGCUACAAAGGUUGAAGGAUUUGAAGCUGGAGUUCAAAAGCCAAGCUACUACAUUAGACUUGGAUCCUUGUCUUCAAAGGUCCGCAGCCGUGCCUACCAACAGGCCUUAAUCAGGGUUAGAGAUGCUAAGUACAAAAGCCAAGAGACCAUUUCACAGCUCAAUUACACUGUUAAUCUGAUUGAGUAUGCCAGAAAGAACAUGAAUAGUGCCAACCAGAAACUUCAUGAUGCCCAGGAAAUGCUAUAUCAGUCCUGGGUAGAAUGGAAGAAAAACACAGGCCAAAAUGAUGGUGAUGACUCUCACAGUGCUGAGCACAUUGAAUCACGCACACUAGCUAUUGCACGGAGCCUGACUCAGCAGCUUCAGACCACUUGCCUCACCCUGGUGUCCAGUAUACAGGGGUUGCCGCAGAACAUUCAGGACCAAGCCCAUCAUGUUGGGGCAAUGGCAGGAGAUGUCUAUAGGAGUUUCCACUCUGCUUCGUCUUUCCACGAAGUAUCAGAUAACCUUCUCACCACUAGCAAAGGACACCUGAAGAAAAUGAAGGAGUCUCUGGAUGAUGUGAUGGAUUAUCUUGUUAACAACACACCACUCAACUGGCUGGUGCCAGAUUUCACUAUCACAGACUUGUCUUCAGAAUCUGAUGAAAUUCCAGACAUUUUGGGUUUGGAUGAGGAAGACCAGCAAGAUUUUUCACGCACAAAUGGUCCUAUCACCACGGGACCAAGAGCUGAAUAAACAUCAGGCACAAAACUGUUCUCUUGAUUUGAUAUGGGUUUUUUUUUUGCCAUGUUAACUUAUAUUUCUGCUUUUGAAAAAGAAAUCUAUCUAGCUCUUGGAAUGUACAGUUUUUGGAUCAAUUUUGUUUCACUUAGCUGGAUUGAAAUUCUGAUUUGCAUCUCUUUUUUUAAGGACUGCAUUUUAGUGUAACUCAAUAGCAUGGGUGUCAAACUUCCAUCUUCCAGGCCUCCUAUGGCCCAAUCAGUGUGUAGCCGACUGGUGUACACAUCCAUUUAAAACUGCCCUGCUAUUUUGUUUGCUGUCAGGAACAGCCAAAAUAGCACUCCAGCAUUUUGCACAAAGGACUGUCAGUAAAAGGAAACUGACUAGGAUUUGCUGAUAAAAGUUUCCCUUUUUAGUCUAUGUGUAAAGCACUUCUGCAUCUACCUCUUUGCUGCUGAAAAGGACUACAGGCUUGGCUUGUCCAUGGGAUCCUAGUCAGUUUUGGUGAGACUCUGUGUCUAAAGAGCUUGAAACAGUGUCCUUUGUAAGAAGAGUUUAGAAUGAAAAAACUCCAUUUCCCACUGCAUCCCUUACAUGUGUAAGUACUUCUGCUGUCUGGGGGAGACUAAGAAUGGGAAUUGGGGUUAGAAGAGCCCAAAUAUGGGGCAAAGUGCAGAAAAAAUACAAAUAAGAAGGCAGGGAACACAAAGGGAGAAAGGAGACAGGAAUAAAAAAGACAUAAAAAGGAGAGCGAAAAGGAGAAAACGAAGUAUGGAGGAGAGAUACAAAUAAUCAUGGGCAAAAGACAAACAGAAAGAAAGAUAGAGGAGAAACUGAAUUGAAGGAGAAAUUGUGGUGGUAGUAACUUAGACACACACCAUCUUUUUUGCUGAAUAACCAAAUAGAGCAAUUAACUUUAAUAACUUAAUGGCCUGAUACUGCACUUCUUGCACGCACCAUUGACUUCGGUGGGAGUUUUGGAGUAUGCGAGGAAUGCUGCAGGAUCAGACCCAUUCAAUGUUAUGUUAUUAUUUAUAGAUCAUGUUCUAUUCUUAUUCUUUGUGCAAAAAUCCUACUGUCAUCACUGGGAAGCCAUUGUGGAUUUGUGGGUUUUAUAUGGUGCUAAUUUUGUAGACCAGGCCCACAGAUCCUGAUUAGGCUCUCGCUAUAGAAUGAGGUUGACACUCCUACUCUAUCAUAAGGUACUAUCUGAUUUUUGUGAAAGCUUUUAAGAAUAGUCACUGAAAUGCCUUGAAAUAAAGUUUGAUCUAUAAAUCUUA